CGAGCUGCGUUAGUCAUUCGUUUGCAGAUCGAACACAGUGACGCAAUGGCACCGAAAGCAAGUGGUAAGGCAGUGAAGAAAGCGGGCAAGGCCCAGAAGAACAUCACCAAGGGUGACAAGAAGAAGAAGCGCAGGAGGAAGGAAUCCUACGCCAUCUACAUCUACAAAGUCUUGAAACAAGUUCACCCCGACACCGGAGUUUCCUCCAAGGCUAUGUCUAUCAUGAACUCCUUCGUCAACGACAUCUUCGAACGUAUCGCCGCCGAAGCUAGCCGUCUCUCCCACUACAACAAGAGGUCCACCAUCACCUCCCGGGAAAUCCAGACCGCUGUCAGGCUCCUCCUCCCCGGAGAAUUGGCCAAGCACGCCGUCUCGGAAGGAACCAAGGCUGUCACCAAGUACACUAGCUCGAAGUAGAUUUUCUCUUCAUCCGGCUCCUCACUUUAAAACGGCCCUUUUCAGGGCCACCACAUUUGCGAGCACUCACUCCAAACCAAUUAACAGUCGAAAACGUGAAUUUGAAUUACCGUGUGAUCUCAAAAUUGUCAUUAUACCCAAAUUUAAUGCGGCUA